AUGAUUCUUCUUCGAUUUUUGUCUCCAAAUUUAAACUGUUUUCGGUCACGAUUAAUAUCCAUUAACAGUAACACUAAACUACUGUAUACAAUUAACCAUCAGUGUUUUGUUAGAUGUCACCAAUCGAAUGAAGCAUCAAGUAAAUCAAAACAAUCAUUAACACACCGCGAGGAAACUAGUGAUGAUAAAAACAAGGUUUCUACUUCUGUUGGCGAGAAGGUUGUUCAUGGGACUAAAUUGAUUUUCUACCUGAGUUUCUUUGCGGGUGGAUUGGUUCUUUUUGGUGUCAUCGGUUAUACAGUUUUCAAAGAGCUUUUCUCGUCCAGUUCGCCAUCCAAAAUCCAAGGUAAAGCAUUUGAUUUAAUCAAAGAAGAUUCUCGCGUCAUUGAUUUACUUGGCAAAGAUAUGAAAUCUUUCGGCUCAGCAACAUGGGGAAGGAGAGGUCGACAUCAACCUGCCUAUGUUACCAGUCAAACACCUGAGGGAACAAUCAAAAUGAAUAUGGCCUUUAAACUUUCUGGUCCUCGCGGUCGUGCUACAGCUUAUGUAGAAAUCGAUGAUUAUGGUAAAGGUAAUUAUAUCUCAGCAGUAGUUGUACAAUCUGAUUUAGGAGCAAGACAAAUCAUCAAAGUUUUGUAA